UGGUUGAUUUGAGCGCCACUUGAAUGCAAGCGAACCGUUGUUUGAGUUAUUUUUUUUGCAUUAAAAACAUUAAAACAAUUAAUUGAUUGAAUAGUUUUGUUUGUAUUUUGAUUUGCCGAAUCACAGCUGUUGAGUGAUAACCGAACACGUGAUGAACAGCCGACAAUCUAAUUUUGGUUUCGGCGGCAGUGGCCGACCGUCGGGUAUACGACCGCCAAGUUCUUUUGGUCACCAACAGAGUGGCAACAAACGGCUUCCCAUACUGUCCACUACGUCCAGCCGAACAUCGAUUCCGUCGACGGCUUCGUCUCGUAAAAUGCAGCCGCAAAGUGGUCUGAAACAUUUGUUUUCAGCGGCUACUAGUAGUGGUGGUUCAUCGCGACUAAGUAAUGCUGGCGCCGGUGGUGGUGGUGGUGCCCGACAAUCCAUGUUAUCUAACUUUAGGUCCAACCCGUUGUUUAGCGCUCGCAAAAGUGUUACAUCAAAGAUGAAUUUGAUUGGUCUGACACCGCAACACAAUCGUCCAUCAUAUCAGCCAAACACUUGUUCAUCAGCCCAGUCGUCGCGCCGAUCGAGUAUUGGCGGUAUGAGACACGUAAAGGACACGCGACCACUCAGUGACCCGAAAUAUCAGAGAGAAUGUGUCGAAAAAUUGCUGGAAUUUUUAACUACUAAUCCAUUGGGCGCUUAUCCGCAUACUAUUAGCAAAACAUUUGCCACCCGACCGACUAAUAAGGAAAUUGCAAACAUUUUUGAAUUUCUAUUUCUUUGUUUGGGACUAAAAGGCAAAGUACUGCCGAUGGAGACAGAAAUACCCAAAAUGAUGGCAGUAUUGGAGUAUCCAUUUCCCGUGAAAAAGAGUGAUUUGGUUUCAUUUACUAGCGGUCGAGCACUUGGAAGUGUCUUAGGAAUGCUUGAAUGGCUGGUCAACACUAUUCAAUAUGGCAUUGAUAUGGAUCCGAUUCGUACGUUUUAUCCGAACUUUGAGGGAGAAAUCGAUAUCAAAACACGAUUAGUUAAACUUUGUUUGAGCAGUAAUGCCGAAGAAGCAGAUGACGAACAAAUUGAUCAAAACUUACAAGAAUUAUUGGUCGACACCUACGGUACAGAAGAUGAUUAUCAGAAAUUGGUUGACGAAUCUGAAGCACUGAGUGAUGAGAUCAAACGUUUGGAUAAUGAGAUUGAAACGAUAAAAAAUUUACCGCAAACUAUACAGACAUAUGAAUCAGAUAUUAAGGCACAGGAAGAAUAUUUAGAGGCAUUAAAAAUGCAUCAAAAAGAAAAAGAAAACGAAUUCGAGACAAACGAGAAGAAAAUUGAGGACAAAAAGGACGAUAUCAAGAAAUUAGAACAACAACGCAAACAUCUGAAGAAUCAGGUCGAGGAACAGGCGUUUGGCAUUGAAGAGGCAGCUCUGGCUCGCGAACGAAAACAACAGUUGGAGGAAGAAAUCAAACAAGAGGUCGGUAUCAUUGAAGAGAUUAAGAAAAGCAUUCGCGGAGCACGUCUGGAGCGAAGCAAAUGUGAAGACACCUUAAAGAAGAUGCACUCGGAUUUGGAUUCAUUUAUUACGGCAAUGAGAGAUUUGAUUGAUUCUCCCGCAAUGACCAACUAUAGCGUAACAUUAAAAAGACAUUUACAGAGUCACGAGUGGUCCGAUAUAUUGUCAACACUAGACAACCUUAAGACAGGCGAAGCCAGCGGUUCUGAUAUCAAUGAAUUGGAAAAGUUUUUCUCACAUAAGGUUCACGAAUUGAAGAUUGCAAUAAUACAACAGUUAAGUUCACUGCAGGGCUCAGUCACACUAACCGAACAACAAAAACUCAAUGAAUUAAAUUUAUUAAUUGAAGAAAAAGAAAAACAAUAUUUUGAAAAUCAGAAAUCGAUUCAAAAUUUAAUGUCAGAAAUAGAAGUUCAACAAAAAGAACAGGUGUCACACAAAGCUGGACUUCAAAGUGAGUGCGACCGCACCCGACAAAUGCUCAGUGAGAUUGACGGCAAUACAAAAAUGUCGGAUAAGGAGGACAAACAAAAUUUGAAUGACUUAAGAAAACAAGUUGAAGAUAAAGAGAAUCGUUACGAAAGGGAACAGAAAAAUAUGACAGAAAAAAUUGAGAACCAGAUUGCGGUCAACAAGAAAGGCAUCCAAACAUAUGCCACAAAUUUGGGGAAAUUAGUCGAUAAAGAGAAACAAAAAAACAAAGAUUUGAAGAAAUUACUUAAAAAAUAA